UUGCCGCCGGGCGCCGAGGCCCGGGCGGGCCGCCAUGCCGCACCGCAGGGGCUCCGCCAGCGCCUACUACUUCUUCGCCCGGGAGCAGCUGCCCGAGCUGCGGCGCCGCGGGCUGCCCGUCAGCUGCGUGGCCGACGCCAUCCCCUACUGCUCGCAGGAGUGGGCGUCACUGAAUGAGGAAGAGAAGAUGAUAUAUAUGGAGAUGGCUCGUAAGUGGAAAGAAAAGAAACACUCUCAGAAGACUGUGAAAGAGGUGUGUAAUCUGGAUCAUCCAGUUCCUGAUUGUCUGACCACAAAGAUGGGCAGUGUUACUUCUCCUCCAGAUGCCUCUGCUAUGUCUUGGAAGAAUGAUCAGGCUGUGAUUGCAAACAUCUUCUACUUCCUGAACAUUUACAGCCAUGGCAAGAUGCCAUCCCACUGUGAACAGCGCUUCCUUCCUUGUGAGAUUGGAUGUGUCAAGUACUCCCUACAGGAUGGCAUAAUGGAUCAUUUCCAUCACUUCAUAGAUCCAGAAGUACCACCACGUGGUUUUCGGUACCACUGCCAGGCUGCUAGUGAUGCCACUCAUAAGAUCCCUAUCUCUGGAUUUAAUCUUUCACGUACUGGUUAUGCAGUCGUCUUACGGGAACUCCUUGAGUUUAUCCGGCCAGCCAGUGGUGGUCGGCCUUGCUUCUACUGCAGGUCUAACGACAGAUUCCAAAUUAGCUGGUGUCUCAAUCGAAUGGCUAGUGUAACAGGCAUUGAGAGCCAUCCAGAGGUUCUUGCUGUAGAAGACCUGGUAAUAGAACUAUACCGGAAGAAAUACCAAAAGGAGCCAUCCAAGACUUGGGUGUCUAGAGAAAUGGAUGUCUUCCUGUGGGAUUUCUCCAGUAAUACCAGGUGCAAGUGGCAUGAAGAAAAUGACAUAGUCUGCUGUGCCCUGGCAUCCUGUAAGAAAAUAGCUUACUGCAUCAGUAAAUCUUUAGCUAAUGUGUAUGGAGUCUCACUGACAGCAGCUCACCUGCCUCUUCAAGACUCUGAUUAUGGUGAAAGCACAAAUACCAAGAUGGUGAUACUGGAUGCUAGACGUUUUCAGAAAGUGGAGGCUGGGGAUUCUGGAUGUGUCAGACGUUUUGCUUCUCCAAGUCAGGAUCAAGAAUUCGUCCCUUCCAAUUGUGAUUCUCCACGUGGUGUGAAGACUUCCCUUUCUGGAACAAGUAUCAUGCGAGGAAGAGGAAUUAUUCGAUUGCUGAGAAGUGCAUCGGAUCUGUCCAAGUCUUUCAGCAACUGAAAAUCUUGUUUACAUCCAGGACAGCUGUAAAUUCUGAUUUUCCUUGUUUCUCUAAGAUAACCAGCAGUUUCUCUGAGUUGUUUUUCAUCUUGUGUGCAACCCUUGACAGUUGGAAGUUCUUGUUAGAAAGAUAAAACUAUUAACUGGAUUUAAAGAAGACAAAAAUCUCAUCUGUUAUCUACAGGAGACUUACUUUGAAGAGAUUUUACAGUUGCGUCUUCUCUUUAAAAAUACAUGCCAUACUAGUUCUGUUUCUUAAUGGAUGGAGUGCAAAUUCAAGAUCAAUUAGUCAAUAUUAGAAUAUUGGAUUAGAAUAAUUAUUUAGUGGCCAAUGUGACUUUAAACAAGGGAUUUAUUUCUUCUUUAAUAACCUUCUUCCCCUCUUCUGCGUGUGGAAAAGAGAAUUUCAGUGCUUAACGGUCCCUUUCAAAAAAAUGAUGGGGAGGAGCAUUGGAGGUAUCAAGGGCUGCACUAGGGGAAUUUAAGGUGUAAUAGUCUCAAAGGUGUGCUCUUCAUCUGUCAUUUCCAGCCAUGAAGAAUUUGAGUGGUCAUUUGAGGCUGAAAAGCAGACAUUCAAUGUCUUGGAAGAAAUAUGAUGGCAAAUUUGUCAAUCUAUUAAUGUUCUUUUAGAGAGACAGACUAUAUACAUCAGGAACAAGUACAACAUAGAUACAAGUUUUUCCUUUGCAUCAGUUUUCUGUUUAAAUAAUGCACGUCCCUCAAACUGAAGUGCAGGUGUUAUAGGGUUAUUUGGUUUUUUUAAAAGGAAUAUAAAAUUCUAACUGAUGUAUUAAUAUUCAGAUAUAAUUUCACAAAUUUUGUUACACUGGGUAGAUACCAGUCAUAAUCAUUUGAGGGCACUUAAAAACUGGGAGACUCUGGUGUUUCUCUAGGAAGUUAGCUUUUCCGUUUUAUGGAGGUACAAGUCUUGGACUUGUCCCAGAAAGUUACUUGUUGUCUGAGCCCAUCCUUUGUCCACAUGUCUUUAAGCAACUGAUUCUCAGAAAUAAGAGCUUAUUUUUUUUUUUGAGUUGUUUCUGCAUUUUGUUCCAACUGAGGUACAGUUGUGAAGUACUAUUUCCAUAGCAACUAAGUGUGAGAAGAUACUGAUUUCAUUCCAUGUAGGAAUUUAAACUCAAAAAUAGGUAGUCCAUGCUUUUGGAUAAUAGGAAAAAAAUUAAAAAGCCAAAACAAAUGAACUUGACUAAGCAAAACCCAAAACCCAACCAAAAUAAGAGGUCAGCACAUUUAUUAAUAAAUUCAAGUUGCCGGUUUAGCUGGAAACCUGUUAUGGUUGCUUUGUGGCCCCUUGAGGCCCUUCUUCCAGUAUUGCAGGAUGACAGAACCAUUUUGAUGCCUCUUAUGUAACAGUUUGCUGAUAUCACGGAUUAUUUUUUUAUUAGUCUGUAUUUGCUUCCUGUGAGGCUGUUGUUCUACCUGCUACUUUUCACCAGAUAAGGGACAAUAAAUCUCUGAGAUUGACUAAUGAAGCAUCUGGGAUGUUGUAACAGUGUUAAGAGUGUCUAGUUAUAGUGGUAAAGGCUUCUCUGCAUUGGAAUAGAGUUGAGUUGUACAUUUCUUAACUGACAUCCAUUGCUGCCUUGACAUUUCAAAACAUACGGAACUGUAAUAUUUGAAUUAUUUUCAGAGGUCGGUGUUGCAAUAAAAGUUUCAUGGUUCA